AUGCCCACCUGCAGGCGCAAGCGCGUCCUCCUCGUCGAGCCCAGUCCCACCCUCCUCCAGGCCCUCAAGGACGACCCGGACAGACCCGUUUAUUACCUCCACCUCACAGGCGAGAUUUUCGAGGAUUACGAUGCCUACGCCGGCCGCAUAUCUUUCUACCGCAUGAAGCAGUUCCAGUGCGAGGUCACGGGCAAGAGUGGACUCGACUACUUUGAGGCUCUCCAGAGCGAGAAGCAGGAGGCCCGCAUCAUGCACGCGCGUUUCCCUGCUCCGCUGAAGCCCAUCAUCCUCCAGGCAGUACAGUGGCAAAUUAUGGGCCGUCUUGACCACCUCGUGGAGGCCGUGUACGACCGCUACGUCAACAGGUACUACAAGGGCGAGAAAAUCUUUGUCGAUAUCAAAGGACAGAAAUUCACCGCGUUCGUCGUCGAGGUCUACCCGCCGCGCCUCACCGCUGCAAACGGUAGCGAGACCCAUGGCGCCUCGUCUAGCAAUGGCGCGCCGGGUAUGAGCGGCCGUAAACCUGUUCAUGGCAUCGGCGGCGACCUCAAAGUACCUGCAAAAGAGGUCAAUAAAGAGGAUGACCCGAACACAUACCUCUACCGCGUGCAGAUCGUCGAGGAGGAAAAACCCGAAGGCGCGCGCGACAAGAUGGCCGUCAGUACGCGCGAAGCCCGCCUGAAGUGGAACGGGAGCGUCAUGGAGGUUAAGUGUAACAUAAUGAGUCGUGACCGCCUCGCCUUCUCAAAGAGUAUCCUUCGCCGUUUCAUGCGUGAUUGCGUCGACCGAGACCCCGCUGUCGCGUCGCCGUGGAUUGUGAAGCCCGCCAUCGCCAAACGCUACGGUGUCAGCUCCGAUAUGCCCGAGGCGACUCGUCAAGGUGUGGAGGAUACCAAGAAAGGCGAGAUUCAGAAGCGCAAGAAGAUCUGGGAGGACAAGGAAGGGCCUGAAAAGAAAAAGAAGCGGUUGGACGCAGAGAAAGCCGCGGAAGAGAAGAAGAGUAACGCCGCCCAGGCGCAAGCGGAGCGUGACGCGAAAGCGCAAGAGGCCGCCGCGAAGGAAAAGAAGAAACCCAUCCGUUACCCGACCGAAGAUCUUGACGUCGUGCUCACAGACAAAGACAAGAGAGCAGGCGCUAAAACCAAACGCCCGGUUCCCAGUAAACUUGCUGUGCCUCUUAACGAACACCCUGGCGCUGCAGAAAUGUUCUUGAUGACUUGGAAUUUCUUGGUCGUUUAUGGACAUCCACUUCAUCUCUCGACCUUCACCAUGGACGAGUACGAGGCCGCUCUGAGGCACCGCUACGAGGACCCUCCCUGCUCCCUGCUGGCUGAGAUACACUCAACGCUCAUCUAUCUUCUGCGAACUGUUCACUUCAAUCGACAUACCGCAGUACUCUCUUUGAUGGAGCAGGACAGCGACACUGACGAGACGAUUGCUGAGUACUUUGGCAUCAAACUCAUGGAACUCACCUCCCAUAUGGCCGAUAUCGGAAAUAACUGGGAACGCGCGCCUUUGCGGCUAUCGGAGGACCGCGCCGGCUGGGAGGAGUCCCUCGUCGGCUGCUUGAAAGAUCAUGCGACUGUCGAGAGCUUCCCGGCUCUCCGUCGCGUCUUGACGCGCCUCCUCUUCGCACCUGACGUUGAUGUGGACGCAGACGCUUCGAACGAUGACGGGACGCCACGGCCGACCAGCCUCAGCCCAAACAACCCCGCGCAUCCCAGUGAGCGGUACUAUCAGCUCCCUCCAGAAGAUCGUGUCGCGAUUCUCGCCUACCUCUGCGAUGUCGCUGUGUCGAGCAAAGCAAUCCACGCUUACAUGGAGUUGUGCGAGGAGCAGCUCACGGCCUUGCGGAAAGAGAAAAUCGAGGUCAACCGGUCCAGGAAGCAGCAUAUCGAGGAGCGCGACACGAUCAUCAAGGAGCAAAAGGCCAACGGCAACAACGCUACACCCGCGGACGGCACGCCUGCUCCGGACCUCUCAGAACUCUCCGACGGUUCCGAGGCGAGCGCUAAACCCAACGGCAAGUCCAAGGGCAAAACUCUCGCGCAGAAGGCGCAGAACCAGGCACACGCGAAGCAGCGAGAGGCUGCUCGGGCAAAGGAGAAGAGCGCCAAGGCGGCGCUUGCUGAGCAGCGGCGAUUGGACGAGGAAGUGAACAAGCUUGAACGUCGAUUGGAGGGUAUCGAGCGCGAGUUCCGCAAGCUGCUUGGCAGUAUCCGCGUCAAGCCCGUCGGUCGCGAUAGGUUCUACAACCGUAUCUGGUGGUUUGACGGUGUCGGCGCUGCGAGCUUGGUCAACAACGGCGGCAAUGUGAUAUACCAGACUGGGAGACUCUUCAUACAAGGCCCCAGCCCAUUCGACAAGGAAAUUAUGGAUAGGCGCGCGGAUGAUGUGCAUGCACGUCGGUUAUUGGAGGAGGGAGAAGAGGGUAUGCUCGGCGUUGGCGAAUGGGCCGUGUUCUCCGAGAUGGACGAGAUGGAUGAGUUCACCGCCUGGCUAAACCCGAAGGGUGUUCGUGAGCUGGCACUGAAGACACAGCUGACCAAGUGGUGGCCGCACAUUGCGCCGGGCAUGCGCAAACGUCUUAUUGAUCUGAAUGCGAAGCAGCCGGAGGCGCGCAGGAGCUCACGGGUGAAGGGCGGUUCGGACAUCUCCCGGGAGCCGUACAUGACCUGGAAGAACCACCGCGCUGUUGCGAAUUGA